AUGGUAGCAAUAUCACUGUACAAAGGCAAUCUCCAUAAAAUCUCCGAUGUACCGCACCGAUGGCCGAUGCCGGACCGAAAACUCUCUCUCCGAGACUUCAAAAUCCUCCGUCGUCGCCGUCUCAACGCUCUCUCCCUCCUCCAGUCUGCCUCCACUCCCGCCGCCGAUAUCGCCACCACCUCAAACCCUAACCCUGAAAUUGGACCUUCCGAUGAUGUUAAGAAUGAUAUUAAGCGUGAUUCUGGUUUUGAAGUUAAGUUAGAUCGCCUUGAUUUGGAUGAGGGACAGAUUGUGAAGAAGCGGAAGGAUUUGAAGGAGGUUAGAGAUGAGAAAGAGUUGGAAAACUUGGUUAAGGAUUCUGAUGCAUUGGUUGAGGAGAAGAAUGGAGACAAUGUCGAAAAUGUGGACAAAACAAUGGUUCCGGUGAAUCCUGAAUCCGAGGCCCACAACUUUGAGAAUGAUGUUAUUGCUAAGGAGAAAAGAAAGAAAGAGGUUAAGGAGAAGCUGGUAAUUUUGAAUGAGAGAAAACAUAGUUUAGUCCAAGUGUUGAAACAGAUUUUGAACGCAGAAGAGGAGCUAAAGAGACAAAGUAGUAUGCAAGGGAUGGCUGGCCGGCAAUUUACUCCACUACUAGUGGAUACCACCAAUGACUCUGGGUCAAUGACUAGGCUAAACACACCUAAAACAGCCUCGGAUGGAAAUCUUGGUGGAGGUAUGGAUGUUGGAGAAGCUGAUGAUGCUUGGAACCAUAAUGUGCGUUCUUGUAAUUUGCUUCGCUUGAGCAGUACCUCACCAUCUUCUGAUUCUCAACUGAGGAAACCUGCUUCUAAUGCGGUCCCUCACUCUUCUCGAACUGCACUGGGAGCUGUUGGUAGUCCUUUAAGCUUUGCACCCUCUGGGCAACAAGGACACACUUCGAAUCCUCCCUCAGUAUCUGUGUCGGGAACGAAUUACAUUGCCUCUUCUCCUUCUCCUGCUGCAUCAGGUGGUACUUCAGUGUUUAGAGAUGGCCGGCUCCCGAGUCCAUGGAAUUAG